UGUGGUGUUUGUUUGAGGCGCUUCACAACGCACCACAUUUGUCUGUUUGCGCAUCCAUGCUUCACCACAACGCGUCCAGGCGGCUUCCAUCUCCGUCUUCCACCAUCUUUUCUUCGCUAUUUCUGACCCUUCACAUCGUGCACUGAGGUGGCGUCCAAAGUCAUCGAAGCCCUUCCUUCGUGAAGCAUCACCGCCGCACAACCAACUCCAGACUCAUCACAACGAGAGACACCCGACCGCGGGCUCACUCAACAUGUCUGAUCAACCACCACCACCACCACCCCUCCACCCUGGAUGGCAGCCCGCCGACCCGGCUGCUUUCGACCAAACCAUCAUGGACAUGAACCAAGCCCUCAUGAACCAAGCCGCGAUGAACCAAGCGCCCAUGGACCAAGCGACCAUCGGCCAAGUGGCCAUGAGCCAACCCGCCAUGAACCAAGUCGUCAUGGAGCAAGCCGCCAUCAACCAAGUGCCCAUGGACCAAGUGCCCAUGGACCAAGCCGUCAUGAACCAACCCGCCAUGGACCAACCCGCCAUGGACCAACCGGCCAUUAACCAAGCGCCCGUGGACCAAGUGGCCAUGAACCAGGCCGCCAUGAACCAGGUCACCAUGGGCCAGGUCACCAUGAACCAAGCCGCUUUCCAGCAAGCCGCUUUCCACCAAGCAUUGAACCAAGCAUCCAUGAAUCAACCACCCUUGAAUCAACCAGCCGUGCAAGCAGCCAUCCCCAGCGCGCCCACCAACCCGACAGUCCCCCAGACACGUCACCCGGUUCUCGCCGUCGAAGAAACCAUCAACGCGGCCACCUUCGUCCACGAGCACAAAGAAUGGCUGGACAAGCUCCUGCUCCCGUCGCCUCCGAUGAACGAACUGUUGCCCAAGAUAUUCUUGCACCUCACGCACGAGACGAUCCGCGUCCUGCCCUCCGAGUACAACGACAAGCUGUACGAGAUGUUCUGCCGGAUGGGCGACACCGAGCGCAGCGAGUGGUGUCUCCAAGAGGCCAUCAACCAGUGCGUUGUCAGCCGCAACGUUCCGCUGCCCGACAAUUUCCAACCGGCCAGGUUCCGUGACAUCGCCGAACGGCUGUGGACGGUUGGCCACGAACUCAACUGCGCCGAGGUGCACCAGGGACGAGAGAUUGAACGGCUGUCGUGGGAGCUUUACGGGAUGAUGCUUGUCUUCUUUCGAGACACCUCACGCAAGAGAAAGGUCACGGCUUCUCGGCAGGUCCGCAACCAGCCGCCGAUUGGGAACCAGGGAAUGGGCAGCAACCAGCCGCUGAAUGGCAACCAGGGAAUGGGCAACAACCAGCCGCUGAAUGGCAACCAGGGAAUGGGCAACAACCAGCCGCUGAAUGGCAACCAGGGACUGGGCAGCAACCAGCCGCCAGGCAGCGCCAUUUAGCCAAGAUGAACACCAAGAGGACAUGUCAACUACGGUGCCAGGACUGUUAGGUAUCCACUCUGGCUACGAACGCCUUCCAUUCGCUGAGAUGGCCUCAA